AUGCCCACUCAACAACAAAAGUUAAGGAUAUGGGCUACUCAACGAAAUCAAACUGUUCUUGGGCUCUUGUCGCUAAAUGGCUAAAGACUUGUCGAGAACAGCAUGCCUCAUGCUCCGAGAAAGAUCGCGACGACCGUUCUUGGUGUCCGACACAACUGCUGGAGCUUUACUAUAAGCCUUCCGGAGAAGAUGUGGUUAAACUAAUAGGAACAGCCUAUGUGAAGCCAGAUGGUGAUCACAUAACCCUCAGUCACUGUUGGGGCAAGGGAACUCUGAUCAGAACACUCCGGGAAAAUUUGCCAGACUUUCUGAUCCAAGUGGCAAGUCUCCCAAAGACAUUCCACGAUGCAAUUCUAGCUACAAGAAUGCUUGGCGUUCGGUAUACAUGGAUUGAUAGCUUGUGUAUAAUUCAAGACGAUGCAGAUGACUGGGCAAAGGAGGCACCUCUUAUGCAUAAAUGCUUCAGAAAUAGUAACGACGGUUUGUUCCGGCCUAGCGCUCCUCGUUUUCUGUCAGAGUUAAAUAUCAAACUGCGAAAGACCGACUACGACGUUAUUGAAGAACAUCUUUUCGACGGGGAAGUAGAAGAUGCACCGUUACAGCAAGUAAGCUAUCCAUGCAGCAUGAUCCGGUAUUUCAGUAAUUGUUGCCAAAUUCUAAUCCAUCUCUUAGCGAGCAUGGGUUCUGCAAGAAAGACUUUUAUCACCCCGGAUCAUUCGCUUCUGGCAUAG